AUGAACGGAGAGCAAGUCAUCUACGAUAACGCCGAGGACGAUGAACAUCCUAACGUCGCACCGGCGACCACGUCCGUGGACGCCACACUCCCUCCCCAUGCAAGCUUCAAGAUAAAACGCGUCGACAAUUACUACAGCUCGUGGUCGAAGGCUUGGAAAUUCCGCAACGCAGGUUCUAGCUUCAUUCCCGAGGUACUCACGACCGUGGGCAACGGCGCACGCGAUGGCAACGAUCCAUGGCAAGAGUUCUGCUUUGUGGUCGUACGGAAACUACCCAAAUCGGGCGACGACGGCGGAGAACCCACGUAUCAGGUCGUUGUGAAGAGCCCCUACCUGCUCAAGGCUUGCAAGGACGUCAUCCAGAAGGUGCAGGGCGUGUCUUGGACGGAUGAGCCGGUAGAGCUGGAUCCACACCUGCUCCUUACCUUCCUCUCGCAAUUCGAGAAGUACAGGGACGACUUGCGUGCGAAGAGCAAGUGCACCUCCGAAGAAACGACCAUCAUGAAGACCGUCGAUGUCCUGCUAGAGUACCUGCACACGGACUACAAGGGUACAAUUGCCAAGUUCAACAACCUGACCGCGCACGGCGAGAUCACCUUCGACACGCUGUUCGCCCUCUUCGUCCCCCGCACGGUCGUCGUGACUAAUUGUCCGACUACGGGCGAGCCCUGCGCUUUACAGAUUGUCUCCACGACCAAGGUCAACACUGGAGUGAACCUGUAUGAACUCCUUUGCGAGAGUGUCGACGCUUUCGAUGACGUGAGCGAGGGUGGCUCCUGGGGCGCAUAUAGCGCCUCGAGAUUCAACCCCACCGCGGCGACCUCAAUCCAUAUAGGCGCAAUACCGUCAGCCUAUUCAGCAAGACCAGGAGCCUACCCCGGGCCCCCGGGGAACCCAGCGGACGCGGGGAUUCCACAGGCAGCGAGGAAGCCUUUCGGGCGCGUACAGAGCCGUAUCUUCGUCUCGCACUUCAAAGGGACGGUGAACAUCAGCUCCCUAGACGUCUACCCGAUCAUAUACCACCCCGACGCUGGGCGGCUCAAGAUGUCACUUAUCGCGCGAGGAAAGAAAUGGCUCGAGCUCAGGGGGAUUCACCACAUGCAGUACGACGGACCUGCGGGGUACACGCUUAGCUGCGGUGGGUCCAAGUCGACAAUCAAAUACAGUGUGAAAUCCCGCAUCAUGGUCGACAGAGGUAAUUUCCGCCGCCUGAACCCGAACUACAAGAUGCCUGUGGUCAAGGCAGGCUAUUUGAAUUUGCCUCCUGUUGUCAGGCGCCACCCCGGGUCAUGUGGAUACUACCCUCAGGAGUUUACCCCAGUGUCCUACAACCCGAACAGUACCGUGCCAACACUGAAGGUCCGAGCCCGAGCCCCACACGACACUGUCGAGCUGACAGAGGACGAGCUGAUGCUCACCCCUUCUUUCGUGUACGGCUUCAGCCUAACCGAUAAGACUUGGCUGGAAUUCAAUAUCCGACACGUUCAGCCGAUCGUCUGGAACGACGAGGCGUUUGCGAACCUCGUCCUCCCCGCAGACCGCAAGAUCCUGCUCCAGUCUCUCGUCGAGGCGCACAACGAAGACCUGAGCUUCGAUGACUUCGUAACCAACAAGGGCCGCGGGCUUGUCAUCAACCUCUUCGGACCGCCCGGUGUGGGCAAGACGCUCUCCGCGGAGGCAACGAGCGAGCACGUCCGAAAGCCAUUGUAUGUCGUUGGUGCGGGCGACCUCGGCACGCACGCGUCCACCCUGGAUCAGUCAUUGGACAGGGUAUUUGACAUCGCAACGAGCUGGAAGGCGAUCGUGCUCAUUGACGAGGCGGACGUGUUUCUCGAGCAGAGGUCGCUUCACGACAUGGGGCGGAACGCUAUGGUCGCAGUCCUCUUGCGCCACGUUGAGUACUACCACGGCAUCCUCUUUCUGACGACGAACCGCGUCAAAGCGUUCGACGAGGCUUUCCUCUCGCGCAUCCACGUCGCACUGCACUUCCACGACCUCACGCGCGAUGCGCGCAAGCAGGUCUGGGCGGCAUUCCUGACCAAGGUUGGCGUCGCACCCGCGCAGUUCGGGGACGCGUUCCUCGACAAGCUCGCGGCGCGCGAGGUGAACGGGCGACAAAUCAAGAACGCGGUGCGCACGGCAAGCUCUCUGGCCGCGAAGAAGGGGGUGCAAGUAAGCUACGCGGACCUGAUGGCGACGCUGGAUGCCAUGGACGAGUUUACGGCAGAGUUUCGGGAUGUGAGGCAGGUCGAUGCGUGA